GAUUGAGCAUGCAUCAAGACGUUUAAAUGCCAAUAAAUUGUUAAAAUUGAAAAGCAUGUGUCUCUUUGAUUCAAAUGUGAUUAUCUGUAAAUAUGUCGCUGAUAUUAAAAACUGUUUUAAAUGUUUUAAUUCAUGUUCAGACACAACGAGAACAACCAUACUCGAAAGGGCAGGUCCCUGUUUCCUAUUACGUCCUCAAAUCACGUUGUCGCUGGGGUUUUUCAAAUACGUCCGUUGUACUGACUUAAAGUCGCACCCGUGCGGUGACUUUUCAUCAGUAUCACUUAAGCUGACAAAAUGAGUGGACGCGGGAAAGGAGGAAAGGGACUCGGGAAAGGAGGCGCUAAACGGCACCGCAAAGUUCUCCGUGAUAAUAUCCAAGGCAUUACUAAGCCUGCCAUUCGUCGUCUAGCCCGUCGCGGUGGUGUGAAGCGUAUCUCCGGCCUGAUUUACGAGGAGACCCGUGGUGUACUUAAGGUGUUCCUGGAGAACGUGAUCCGCGAUGCAGUCACCUACACCGAGCACGCCAAGAGAAAGACUGUGACCGCAAUGGAUGUGGUGUAUGCUCUUAAAAGGCAGGGCCGUACUCUAUACGGUUUCGGAGGUUAACGCUACUGUCUUGAUUCCAACACAA